CCACAUCUGAAGCAGUGCCUCCAUAAUUGAUUGAAUGAUCCCAAUGACACCUUAACCUAUAUCAAUCGAUAGAAAAAAUAAUCGAGGAUUAUGAUUCGUCAAAAUACGUACAAUAACUAAACAUUAGAAACGCGGUAUACACAAGAGUCACUAGCAUUUCCCAUCCAUAUAAUUAUACUUAUUUGUCUAUGUGGUUAUGUAAGUGAAUAAAUAAAUAUAUAUUAUAAUGAUUAUAUUUUUCAUCAUCGUCAAUGUUAUUUGUGUUUUACAUGUUAUUCACGGACUUGUAGGGGAAGCAGAAGUCCAUCACGAGACUCGAACUUGAGACUUUCAUAUUGUUUUUUUUCCCACUCAAUUGCACCUAACUCCAAAAUAACACAUUGAUAAGUGAGUUGAGCGAAAAUUAAAGUAUCAGGUAUAGACAAAUAGUAUGCAUGUUAUCCAGGUGUUGUAAUUUAGUCUAAAACGCCGCAUGCAAAAUAUACCAUUUGUACAUCAUUCACGUCAUGUCAACGCAGUUGCUAGUGCAUUCUCUCCCCCUUCUCUAUUAAUCAAUCACAACAAUAACAACGUGGCUCGAAUGCAAACAUACUUAAAACAAUAUCGUUCGACCAAAAUUUGUUGAGUGGAUUGGAAUAUUCGCUCGGUUAAUCGUCCAAAUCGAUUCCCAACUCUCAGAAGUCGGUCCAAAUUUACACUUGUAUCGACCUAGAGUUCAGUUUUCAAUUUCAUAUGACUCAAUCCGAUCUACAUUGCUUCAGAGUGAUUGUUUGAUUAUAAACUAUUCAAAACUUCCAACUCAUUUUGAUCCAAUGAAAAAUAUUAGCUUAUUGUUUUCUUAUAUAAAUAUAUGAAGUCAAUCUUAUGAAAUCCAACUAAAGAUCUAUAAAAAUGAUGGUACAUUUUGUAGGGUGUAUAGGAUGAAUAGCUUGUGUGUGUCUUUAUAGGUGGUGGUUUUAGGGCUAAACAUGAUACGAAAACAAUGAUGAGAGAAAGAUAUGAUUAUUUUGCCAAUUUGGAGGAAGAGAAGAGGAGAGGAGUGAAACGAAGAAAGAAAGAAAGAGCAAUAAUGUGACGCCGUGGGGGCCCAAAAUAUGGCAGGGCGUGGGAGAGGGAUGAACAUGACGUUGUCGGUUGUUUUUUAUUCAUUUUAACAUUUUUCAUAUUUAUUUUUUUACUUGCAGAGAAAAGGAAACCAAAUUAAAUAAAAAAUAAAAAAAGAGUACUCUCUAUCUCCUCUAAUCUGCACUUCAGUCUUCCCCUCCUCUUUCCCCUUUCUUGCAUCCCUCCAUUUCCCUCUCCUCCAGUUCUCUCACUUUCUCUCUCUACCUCUUUUCAGUGAUAGUUUCUUUCUUUUCUUAUUUUGGGCCUUCCCCUUUCUCUCACCUUCUAUCUCUCGCUCAUUUCUUUCCAUUUCUUUUCGAAAUUUUUUUUUAAGGCAGGCAGCUCCCUAGCUCAUAUACAAGGAUUGUGUGUGGCUUCAUCACAAGCAACCAAGCUGUCCCUUGUUGGAAGCUCUGAGGCAGCGAACCCAAAACAAACCCAGUCCUUUCUCCUCCUCCCCAACCAAAAUUAGAACUCUCCCCCUCAUCGUCAACAAAAAGAUAUACCCAGAAAGAAAAGCUCCUUUUUUUCCAUCCCUCUUUUCCCCUUUGUUCUUCCGUCCUCGCUAAAGAUCGAUCUGCUCCUCCUGCUGGUUGUGGUGGUGGUAGUCAUGAUGAUUAUGGUGUUGGGAAGGCUGAUCUGAGUAAGCUUUGAACCCAGUCAAUCCAGCUGGUGUGUUUCUUUCUUUCUCUUCUGUGGUUUUCACUCAUUGCCCUUUUCCUCUCUCUCUUUCCUUCAGCCAUGGGUUUCUGGGGUUUUCUUUUCUCUGUUUCGCUUCCAGUCUGAUUCAGAGACUCAGACAAGCUGAAAUCCCAUCACUCUCUCUCUCUCUCUUUUCUUCUCUGAUCUCAUUAUAUGGCUUUCUGGGCAGGCACAAAGUCUCAAGCGAUUUUAUUGCUACCCCUAGUCUACUAGACUAGCCUUGCUGCUUGGUUGGUUGGUACAAGAGCUUCUUUAUUACAGUUCGUUUGGUGUGUUUGAGGAGAGAAAUUUUGGGGGAAGGGGAAAAUGGAAGUGAGAGGGCAGCAAGUUGAGAACAACGAUGUAAGAAUGUCGACUGAAGGCGGUGGAGGAGGCGGAAGAAGAGGGGAUGGGAAUCACAAUGGCAACUCAUCAUCAGCUUUCCUCACCUACUCCCAAACCCUAGAUCACCACCACCACCGCGGCGGAUCUAACAACUCCGCCGCCAAAGGGAACUCGACGGCCGCGCCGCCGGUGGUGAGGUACCGGGAGUGUCUCCGCAACCACGCGGCGAGUGUCGGCGGGAACGUCUACGACGGAUGCGGCGAGUUCAUGCCUGGAGGCGAGGAAGGGUCCCUGGAAGCCUUGAAAUGCGCCGCCUGCGAGUGCCACCGCAACUUCCACCGCAAGGAGAUCGACGGCGAGACCGCCAGCCCCACCGUGUUCAGCUCUCGCCGCCGCGGAGGCGGUGGUGGUGGGCAUUUGGUCCACGCACUCCAGCUGCCUCCACCGGCAGCAUUGCCUUCUCCUGUGAUGCACCACCACCACCACAAUCCGCACAACAAUAGCCCUCACCACUUCCCCGGCUCGCACCAUUUUUACCUCAAGUCGGCCAGCCCUCCAGCCGCCGUCCAGCCAAUCAACGUGGCGUUCGACGGCGGCUGGGGGAGCGGAGGAGGAGGAGGAGGAGGCAGUGCAGCCACUGUCGGCACCGAGUCCUCCAGCGAGGAUCUGAAUGCCUUCCCCUCUGAAGCAGCGGGAAUGGUGGGCGCCACUAACACACCUCAGCCGCCUUACGGGCAUUCUUCUUCGAAGAAGAGGUUCAGGACCAAGUUUACUCAGGAUCAGAAGGAGAGGAUGAUGGAGUUCGCUGAGAAAGUUGGGUGGAGGAUCAACAAGCAGGACGUGGAGGCAGUGGAGAGGUUCUGCUCGGAAGUUGGGGUGAGGAGGCAGGUGUUCAAAGUUUGGAUGCACAACAACAAGACCGUGAGGAAGCAGCAGCAGCAGCAGCAGCAGGAGCCCUCGCCGACGACAACGACGACGAAUCACAUGAUGAACUUGAACAUGCAUCACCUUCAUCAUCAUCCGGGGCAGCACCACGAGGAAGAGGUCCAGCAGCAGCAUCAGGAGGGAAUGCUGUGAUGUUUGUAUGUACAAGUGAAGUUGAAGUGGGCUGCUAGGGGAAGUAGGGUACGAGGUUGUAGAGAGAGAGAGAGAGAGAGAGAGAGAGAGAGCAAUGUGGUACGUUGCAAUGGAGAAGAUAUAAAAGCUAGAAGAAGGUAACUAGGUAGGCAGUACUUGGAGCCAUUAAAUGUUUUCUAGGAAUGGGAGUAAAGAGGGAAGUAGUGAUCAUCAAGAGAAGGUGAGAAGGGAAUGUAGGGUUUUCAAAUGUGUCUCAAGAAGAGGAGAAAGAUGGUGAUUUUGUGUAAUGGUUUUUCAAUUUAGUCUCCUGGGUUUCCAUUAUUACAUUGUCAUUAGCUGUUUUAUUCAUGAUGAUGAUCUUGUGUUCAUCUUCUGAUUGAUCACUUGCCAGUGUCUAGAUUGAGAGUCUUACUUGCAGGUGAUGGAUGGAGAUGAUGAAUCAAGAGUUUUUCUUUCAUUAGUUGCAGAUAUGGCUGAAUGGGAUGGGAAUAUCUGUAAGCUGGAAUGGGCCACAGAUGGAGAUGAAAGGAAGAAGAUGGUUGUGUUUUUGGUUGUUUGUUUGUGUGUGUGGAGUUGAGCUGAAGGUCUUGUCUUGGCUGAGGUGGCAGAUGGGCUCCAUGGUUGUUUGGGUUUCUAGUGGGGGAUCAUCUAACAAACAGUUGAAAUUUACUGGAAGGAAGAAAAGCGGGGCCCUCUGCUUCUCUUGUUCUUGCUCUCCUUCCUUCCAUUAAAGAGAGGAAAAAAGGGCUUACCUUUUUUUUUCUUCUUUUCUUUUAUCCUUUUGUUUGUUUGUGAUGCGGUGUUAGGAGUACUAUAAUUAUAUAUUUUGUCAUCAGAAUUGAAUGCUACCAGAAAAAGGUGGGCCCCGCAGAGGACAAGUGAUGACGAAGUUUUUAUGUAUAAAAAUUUACUGUUCUUGGGAUUAGCAAGCGAAAGAGAGGGGUCUUGGUAUCAGUUACAACUUAUCUGAAACAGAAAAUUUGGGCAGCCAGUCGUUCAAUUUGGGCCGUUGAAUUGGGAGGAGUGAGCAGCCCAUUAUGAUUAUGGGUUUCCGAUCCAACAAAAAUUUGGGGUUAACAUCCCUAUGAGAUGAGGGAGGAGAAGACAUUUCCCAAAGUUUGCUUUUUUUAAUGAUUUUAAAAGAUUAUGUGGGUGAUUUUGAUUUGAUUCUGGUGAUACUAAGAUUAGACUAGUGAUUUCAAGGUUAGGGGGGGAGGUGGUCAACAAUAAGGGCUAACUGGCUAAGGGAUUUGCUCGACAAUCAUCCUUUUGCUUUUUUUUUUGGCUCGUCCCAUCUAGUUUUGGGACUCGAUCGAGAGAGUGGAGGAAUGAAUUAGGAGUAUGUAUUGUGAAAUCAUACGAGAAACUAUAAUGAAAAAGUUGAUAUGUA